AUGGAAGCUGAUACGGAAACUAUAAACGCUUCUACACAUUCGAACCACGAGUUAUCGGAGGAGGAUAAAGAAAAACCUACAGUAGCCGACAAUAGCGAUGACGGGAAACUGAGGACCGAAGCCUCGGAAGCACCUAGGUUGAGUGCCGCAAGCGAUUCGGAUCAAAAUACACAACAGCCAAAAGACGUGAUCACGACGAGGACUCUCCGCGGAUUUAAGUGGUUCUUGGCUUAUUCAUCCCUUCUUUCUACGGUGCUCUUCUACGCCCUUGAUAGCACUAUCGUUGCAGACAUACAACCUUCUAUCAUCGAGACCCUCGGCGAGACUGAAAAACUGCCAUGGAUCGGAGUGGGAAUCUUUCUCGGAGCUCUAACAGUUCUACCUAUUGGUAGAGCGUACGGCAUCUUCAACGUAAAAUGGAUGUUCCUCUCACUAGUGGUCCUCUUCGAGUUGGGCAGCGUCGUCUGCGGGGCUGCACCCACGAUGAACGCGUUUAUCGUCGGGCGGGUUAUUCAAGGAGUCGGCGCAAGCGGAUGCUACUCCGGCGCUAUCACGUAUAUCUCCAUGACGACCACCACGCGCGAACGGCCCCUUUACCUCUCCGGUAUCGUCGCUACUUGGUCCCUCGGCAGUGUCGUCGGGCCUGUGAUCGGCGGCGCGUUCGCUCAAAGCAAGGCGACAUGGCGGUGGGCGUUUUACAUCAACCUUGUCGUUGCGGCAGUCACCGCGCCGGCCUUGAUUUUGUGUCUGCCCAACAUCGACCCCGCGAAGGAGUUGAAGUUGAAGGAGAAGCUCCGCACCCAGGACUGGAUUGCUAUGGUCAUAUUCCUGGGCGGCUCGACUUGUAUUGCCAUGGCUCUUACCUUUGGGGGAACCGUGUACGCUUUCAACAGCGGCCAGGAAAUUGCUCUUUGGACAGUAUCCGGGGUGUUGCUCAUCGCCUUCAUCCUGAUUACGAUUUACCACCCCACAGUACCAAGGAAAGACAGACUGUACCCUCUGCAUCUAAUGAAGAGUUUAGAGCUCAACAUUUUGCACUAUGCGCUGUUCGCAGCCGCUGGUACCAUGGUAACAACUCUCUACUAUACCCCUUUGCUGUUCCAAUUCACCAGAAAUGAUGGCGCUUUGAUGGCUGGCGUACGACUUCUGCCAUUUCUUGGGGGCAUGAUUUUCUUCUCGGUCUUGAAUGGGGUUUUGAUGCCUAGGCUUGGGUAUCAUAUGCCUUGGUAUGUCCUAGGUACCGCCUUGAUGCUGAUCGGCUCUUCACUGAUGGUCACCAUAAAUACGACAACCUCGGAAGCCAACAUCUACGGGUAUACCGUACUUCUCGGGGGCGGGUGUGGUGCGUAUUUUACGGCGGGAUUCUCCGUGGUCCAAUCCAUCGUCCCAGUUGCCGAACUCAGCAAUGCCAUAAGUUUCAUGGCUACUGGACAAACCUUUGGCCAAAUAAUAGUCCUCAGCUUGGGCGGUUCCGUAUUUCAAAACGUCGCCGUCAAGCUAAUCACGCAAACUCUCCCAAACGUUUCGGCGGAAGACGCUAUCCAAUUAACUACAGGAACCAGUAGUUCUGCUUUCGAAGCCCUUAGCGCGGACCACCAGUCUCAGGUGAUAGAGCAGCUAACACGGGCGAUUCGCGAUGUGUUCAUAGUGCUGGUUGGCACCUCAGGCCUUGGCCUGAUUGGAUCUGUGUUUUUAAGUCGUCGCAAGAUGUAUUAG